AAAGCAAAUCUGACCUUCUGAUAGUCUCUCCAGGACCGAACCCCACUCUGCGCCUCUGAGAGCUUUGUAAGGGAGUAACCAAAUCUCUCUCCACCGAUGGCGUUAAUCCGAUCAAAACUCCAUCUUUCUCGAACCCUUCCCUUCAUCUCUCCUCUUCUACCCAAACCCUACACCACCACCACCUCCACAUCUUCUCCCCACCCCGACCUCGAAACCGACGAAUCCCCCGCCGCCGCCGUCAUCAUCUCCCCCGUUUCACCGCCACUAACUCCGGAAGACACACAAACCGUAGAGAAGCUCCACUCAAUCAUCAAAGACCACUACCGCAAAAACCCCCCACCAACAAACCAAAACGACGCCGUCGCCCUAAACCCUAACUUCACCCUCCCUUCCCUCUCCCUCGACUUCUCCCAAAUCCCCUCCGCCUCAAUCUCCCCCUCCGUCAUCCAAUCCGUCAUCGAGAAAUGCGCCUCCGUCCGCCACGGCAUCCCUCUCCACCAGUCCCUCUCUUUCUUCAACUGGGCCACCUCACAACCCCAAUACAACAACCACCACCGAUCCCCACUUCCUUACAACGAGAUGAUCGACCUCGCCGGAAAGACCCGACAUUUCGACCUCGCCUGGCACCUAAUCGACCUCAUGAAAUCCCGAAACGUCUCAAUCACAACGGAGACAUUCACCGUCCUGAUCCGCCGCUACGUCAGAGCCGGGCUCGCCUCCGAGGCAGUCCACUGCUUCAACCGCAUGGAGGAUUACGGCUGCGCCCCCGACAAGAUCGCCUUCUCCAUCGUCAUCAGCAUCUUAUCCAGGAAACGUAGAGCGACCGAAGCCCAGUCCUUUUUCGACACCUUGAAAGACAGAUUCGCCCCCGACGUCAUCGUCUACACGAACCUCGUCCGAGGCUGGUGCCGCGCGGGAGAGAUCUCCGAGGCCGAGAGAGUCUUCAAGGAGAUGAAAGAGUCAGGGAUCGAGCCUAAUGUGUAUACUUACAGCAUCGUGAUCGACGCGCUGUGUAGGUGCGGGCAGAUAAGCCGUGCACACGACGUGUUCGCUGAUAUGCUUGACUCGGGUUGCGCUCCGAACGCGAUUACUUUUAAUAACUUGAUGAGGGUUCAUGUGAAAGCGGGGAGGACGGAGAAGGUUCUUCAGGUUUAUAACCAGAUGAAGAAGCUAGGGUGCGAGCCUGAUACGAUCACUUAUAAUUUCUUGAUUGAGACGCAUUGUAGGGACGAGAAUCUUGAGAACGCGGUCAAGGUUCUGAACGCGAUGAUCAAGAGGAAGUGCGAGGUGAAUGCGUCGACUUUUAAUACGGUUUUUAGGUGUAUAGAGAAGAAGAGGGACGUGAACGGAGCGCAUAGGAUGUAUUCGAAGAUGGUGGAGGCGAGGUGCGAGCCGAAUACGGUGACGUAUAAUGUGCUGAUGAGGAUGUUUGCUGGGUCGAAGUCGACGGAUAUGGUGUUGAAGAUGAAGAAGGAGAUGGAUGAGAGGGAGGUUGAGCCGAAUGUGAAUACUUAUAGGGUUUUGGUUACGAUGUUCUGUGGGAUGGGGCAUUGGAAUAAUGCGUAUAAGUUGUUUAGGGAGAUGGUUGAGGAGAAGUGUUUGGUGCCGAGCUUGUCUUUGUAUGAGAUGGUUCUUGCUCAGCUGAGGAGGGCUGGGCAGUUGAAGAAGCAUGAGGAGUUGGUGGAGAAGAUGGUUCAGAAGGGACUCGUUGCUCGGCCUUUGUAGGGAGGAACUUUCCAAGCAAUUUUAUUCUUCUUUUUAUUUAAAAGCAAUUUUAUUUUCAAACAGAUGUGUUACUUCA